AUGCCCACCACCUCCCCACCUCCCACCCAAUUCGCCACGCUCUCCUUCCCAACCCCGCAGAUCCUCCUGGUCACGCUCUGCCGCCCCGCCGCCCUGAACAGCAUCAACAGCGCCGGCCACCAUGAAUUACACGCCGUUUGGACGUGGAUGGACAAGGAACCCUCGAUUCGCGUGGGGGUGUUGACCGGUCAGGGGAGGGCGUUCUGCGCUGGCGCGGACUUGAAAGGUGCGUUGCAUACAUACCCUGAGAAUGGCACACCACCCAAUCCCCCACCCCCCAAACCCAACCCCAUCCCUCCCCCCACCGGCUUCGGCGGACUCUCCCGCCGCUCCGGCAAAAAGCCAAUAAUCUGCGCGGUGAACGGCCUCUGCCUAGGCGGGGGGUGCGAGAUGAUCCUGAACGCGGACGUGGUGAUCGCGUCGCGGACCGCGUUCUUCGGGCUCCCCGAGGUGCAGCGCGGGGUGGUAGCGUGGGCGGGGGCGUUGCCGCGACUGGUGCGCACGGUGGGGAGACAGCGGGCGAUGGAGAUGGCGUUGACGGGGCGGAGGGUCGACGCGGUGGAGGCGGAGAGGUGGGGGUUUGUGAAUGAGGUUGUUGGGGAUGAUUAUCCGGGUCAGUCCCAGUCCCAGUCCCAGUUCCAUGCGACUGCUACUACUACUACUACUGGGUCUGGGACUGGGGGUGCGGUGGUCAGGAGGGCGGUGGAAGUGGCGGGGAUGAUUGCGGCGAAUAGUCCCGAUUCGGUGGUGGUGAGUCGGGAGGGGGUCAAGUUGGGGUGGGAGUUGGGGGCGGAGGAGGCGUCGAGGGUGUUGGUGGAGGAGUGGGGCGUGAAGGUCGGGGAGGGCGAGAAUGUCAAGGAGGGACUGAGGGCGUUUGUCGAGAAGAGGAAGCCCAGGUGGGUGGAUAGUAAGUUGUGA